AUUAUCUCUCAAACUCUCUACUUCAACAUUCGAAGUUCAGCUUCUGUUUUUUCUGCAGUUGGAUAGUUCGGUACUGAAUCUAAUUUCCAAGUACCUAGGCUUGCGAUUGGAGCACUUGUCGAGCGAGAGAAGAAUCACCUUGUAUCACCACUCAGGCAAUUAGAUACCAAUGGCGCACCACCAGAGCCUUACAGACAAGGCGAAGAACUUGUUGCAUGGCACUCACAACCACGCUGCAGACCAUCACACAUACGGCAUCGGAGGCCCAACGACCGGCCACACUGCUACCCACGGCACUCACGGCACCCAUGGCGUUGGCACUGGCUACGGUGCUACUGCUGGUCACACAACGGGAACCCACGCGACAGGGGGGGGAUUGCUUGGCAAAGUAGAAAAUGCCAUUGCAGGCCACGGCACGCAUGGAACCCACACCACCGGCACUGGCCUAGGACACACCACCGGUACUGGCUAUGGAACCCACACAACUGGAACUGGCUAUGGAACAGCACCAACUAGUCACGUCGGCGCAACGCCGCACGUCACAGGGACGCAUCUAAGCAUGGCGGAGAAGGCCAAGCUCAAGCUCACCGGGCACUUGUGAGCGCAGCACUGAGCUCCGAAGUAGUGGAGCUGUAAAUAAGCAGAUUUUUGUAGAGAAAAAAAACAGUUGGUUUCUGCCUUUGUUGCUGAUUUUGGAGUCUUAGUGACAAUGUAUUGCUAUUCUUUUAUGCAUAGUUGUUGUGAGUGUGGGCUUGUAGAAGUGAAGCUCAUCACUCAGCUGCUACGCAGCUUCGCAUGUGAAACAGCUACUUCAACGUCAAAUAUAAAAUUGUUAUCAAACAAUGAUUUUUGCUA